CCUCGGCUUAGCCGUCCUCCACCCGCACUUGCGUCGCGUCAGGGCCUCGUCAUCACGAUACGUCAACCUGCCGCGUUGAGAAGUCCGAAACUCGUAGCCAAAUGGCCGGAGAGUCCGAUGCCCCGGUCCAUACCCCAGUUGCUUGUCGUCACACGCCUGUCAUCUGCUUUCACUUACACGCGCCGCCCCUCGGCCGACCUUCGUUAUCAUUCUGAUGGCGCUCUCAGCUUUGACAGAGCCAAGCAUUUCCAUUUCGACGUUGCUUCUGCUGCCCCGGCAACUGCAUGCUCAGCCAUGUCUGUAGGCUCUAUCUCUCAUCGAAAUGAACCGUGCAUGUGCAAGUGCUACCUGAUCAUCGAGAAAAACGAAACGAAACCGGGAACCCAAUUGAGGUCGUGGCCAUAUCAAGCAUAAUACCGUGACAGAACUCCGGUACUGGCCAUUACUUAACAGCAGCUGCCACUGACUCUGGAUUUCCAGAACGCCCUGAUGCGAUACUUUG